UUCUGAAGUUUGAUGGUUGGUUGAUUCGUGUAGAGGGAAAGAUUAAGUUUUUAUUGGGAUUUUUCAUCAACAAGGUAACUCACAGCCAGAUUAUGAUUGUAUAUUUAAAUGGAAUGAACUGUUCGUCUUUUGUUUGGUGCGCUUAAAUUUCAAACGAUAUGGUUGGCAUAAUUGCUUGAUUGCGUCUGAGAGUUCCACGCAAACCUGUCCUUUUAUGAAUUUGAUCUAUAUUAUUUAUACAUAGGUUGCUGUUUUUACUGAUUUUAAUAUAUUUGUUGUUAAUUAUUUAAGAUUCUGUGUCUCUGUGUAUGUAUCCAGGACAAGGUCAACUUAUUGUUGGUUGGGGUGGUGUGGGUUUGAGCCUGCAUUAGUGGAUAUAUAAAAACUGGAGUCAUCGCUAUGCUGUGUUUGAAUCGUGAUGGUUUCAAUAUUGCGAGCUUUUUCUUUCAUUUGGCUGAGUGGCAUCCACUUGAAUAGCAGAGCUGACUCGGGGUUAAAGCCCUCUCCCCUCCUUAUGUAAAAUCAGGUUUUGGAAAAAAAAAAAAUUUGAUUUUGGUUGGGAGCUAUUGAAAGUACUUCACACAUCAAGUUUCUAAUGAUCCAUAAGAGUUUCUCUCUUGCUAGAAUGAUGGGAUGCUGCAGUUGCUUUGGUUUCUCAAUCGCUAGCAAACCCAAACCACAAAGGAAGCCCAGUUAUAGCUAUAGUAGUCACCCUUCACAGGAGCAUUUGUUGGAAGAUGAUUUAGAAGAUGAUGAUGAUGAUUGUUCAUAUAACGAUGAUGCUACAAGUAUGGGUAAUUCUGAGGUAAGUGAACAGCAAAGUCGUGCUAAACGUCCUGAUGAAAUACUGAGUUUCAGAGAACAGAAUGGAAUGAUAUGUAGGCAGUACCCUGUGAAGGAAACUCACAAAGUAAUUCGUACUGAGGAUGAUGAUGGAAAUAAGAUGGUCAAUGAGUAUGUUCGGGAGUGUAAGAUUGGUUCUGGCAGUUAUGGGAAAGUGGUUUUGUAUCGAAGCCUUGUAGAUGGAAAGCAUUAUGCACUGAAGGCAUUUCAUAAAUCUCAUUUAUUAAAACUCCGGGUUGCACCUUCGGAGACAGCUAUGACAGAUGUGCUUCGUGAGGUUCUUAUUAUGAAAAUGUUGGAGCAUCCUAACAUUGUUAAUCUCAUUGAGGUGAUUGACGACCCAGACACAGAUCAUUUCUACAUGGUUCUUGAAUAUGUGGAAGGCAAAUGGGUCUGUGAGGGUUCUGGUCCACCUGGCGGCUUAGGAGAAUCUACUGCAAGAAAGUAUCUGCGGGAUAUAGUUCGAGGGCUAAUGUACCUCCAUGAUCAUAACAUAGUACACGGUGAUAUCAAACCUGAUAAUCUGCUGGUUAGUCAUAAUGGUACGGUGAAGAUUGGGGAUUUUAGCGUCAGCCAGGUUUUUGAGGAUGAUAAUGAUGAGCUACGUCGAUCUCCAGGGACUCCUGUUUUCACUGCACCUGAAUGUUGUUUAGGGCUAACUUAUCGCGGUAAAGCUGCUGACACAUGGGCAGUGGGGGUUACUUUGUACUGUAUGGUAUUGGGACAAUACCCAUUCCUUGGAGAUACUCUGCAGGAUACAUAUGACAAGAUUGUUAAUAACCCUUUAGUACUUCCAGAGAAUAUGAUCCCACAGUUGAAGGAUCUACUUGAAGGACUUCUUUGCAAAGACCCAGCAUCACGGAUGACUUUGGAGGAAGUCGCAGAACAUAGUUGGGUUGUUGGAAAUGAUGGAAGAAUGCCUCAUUAUUUAUGCUGGUGCAAACGGCGUCGCAAGAGUUUGAGUAUUAGAGAGGAAUCUAAUGGGAUAAAAGAUGACUGUAGCAUAACCCACACUGACUAGACAUUGUAGGGAGUUGUUUUUUAUAACUUUUAUCAGUUUUAUGUAUAGUGAAGAAGUUAGGUUUUGUUAUUUUGUCUUUUCCUUCUCUUCGGACUUGCAAUCUGAUCUGCAAUGGUUGAUCAUGAUGAAAACUAGACUGACAGAAACUUUUGUUCACAGCCUACCUUGGCCGAAAAAGGAGGCAGAGGUUCUGGCUCUUCUAU